GUUAGCAGUCCCUAUAAAGAGGUUCUCUGCUGCACAACUUCUAAACUCCUGGUACUUGAGCACCGAUCUGCUUUGGAAAACCUGAUUCUGAGACUCCAGCAGGAUGUCUUACCAACAGCAGCAGUGCAAACAGCCUUGCCAGCCACCUCCUGUGUGCCCCACGCCAAAGUGGCCAGAGCCGUGUCCACCCCCGAAGUGCCCUGAGCCCUGCUUACCACCAAAGUGUCCACAGCCCUGCCCACCUCAGCAGUGCCAGCAGAAAUAUCCUCCGGUGACACCUUCCCCACCCUGCCAGCCAAAGUGUCCACCCAAGAACAAGUAACAGCUUCAGGAUCCAUCAGGAGCAUGAAAGGAUAAGAAUAAUUGGCUCACCUCAUUCCAUAGCUUCACCUUAGUCUUCUCAUUAAACCUGCCAUGGAUACACAGGGAGCUUCCUUCCCCUUAGCUUGUGAUCUGUCCAUAAUGUUCCCUGAUUGCAAAAUGUUUCCUUUCUGAGGCUGCCAUACUGCCACUGUCCAGGUGGA